AUGAAGAAGUACAUGUUAGCUGAUCUGAAGCUAGAGAUUCAACCUCGCGAGUCGAAAGUUUACAUCCCCUCCUGGCAUCAACACCCUGAUCUCUCGCAGCUGAAGAAGAGCCUUAAGCGCCGUCUCAAGACUCAACUUCUUCACUUCGAGGUCGUCACUGGCGGGAUUACACUUGGCGGCCUGCCUAUCGGCACGGAUGGAUUCCAUGCUAGUCAGCUCCGAGCGAAGGUUCCUACCCUCAACGAAGAGCUCUCGAAGCUCGGGCUCGUCCAGCAUGGCUUCAUGUCCAAGACGCUGAAGCACCCUCUGGCGACCUUCUUCGUUGAGGCGCACGACUUCGUUCAUAAUGCUGGAGCGAUCCUCUACCGUCGUGUCAAGGCUCCUGCACCGGCUGCAGAUGGACGCCCCCCGGCAUCUGUGGUACACAUCCCUGGUUUGCGCGCUCUCGUCGACUCGUCUCAUGAGCACUUCAUUUCUCCCCCUGCCAGUGUCCGACGGAAUACCUGCAAACGCCGAUCCUCCAAGCUUCCCACGGCGCAUGACAACCUUACUCGUACGAUUCGGUCGAUGCUGAACGAAGCUGGUCUUCAGAGCGUCAUCGAUACAGUCGGGGAUCCUCGUUCUCGACGGCAGGUACCCUCCCAUCCUCAUGGCCGCAAGAUGAAGGGCGAUAUCCACAUCCCUGGAAUCCGCGAUCGAGGGUCCGAGCAGUACGAGGGCUUGAUGGCGGACGUGACGUUGGUCCACCCUUACAUUGGUAGCUCUGCCGACCUGACCAAGUGGGGGGAGGUCAACCUCGACGCCCUCCAUGUUGCAGCGUCUGAGAAGAUUCGCAAACAUCGCGCAGCAUAUGCCAUGACUACUCCUCCUCGAGCGUUCAUCCCUCUUGCCAUCUCGACGGACGGUACCCUGCAUCCUGACACCCUCCGCUUCAUCUGGUAUCUCGCGGACAUCAUUGCUCAGCGCUCGAUGCCUCUUGAGGAUGCGGCGUUUGGUCGGCACUUCGUGCCUGAUGACGGCCCUGCUGCUGAGGUCUUGGCUCGCAAACGCGCCGCCACCUAUCAGCGCCUCACCAUGCAGCUGACGCUGGAAGCGCUCUUGUCUGGUGCGAGGCGCAUGACGCCCUUGCGGGCGCAAGCACUUCUCGAGCCAGAGGACAGCUCCUCCUCGGACUUUGUCGAGUCGCCCGAGGAGUCUUCGCCGGAGGUCUCCGACUCCGAUGGGGGACACCCUUCGAGUGGCGCCGACGAUCGGCGCGGAGCUGGCGAGGCGUCUCCGUCCCUCACUGUGACGUCGGGUGCCUCCGGAGAGCUCGACACCCCUGGGGUGCUUGCUGCUGGUCCGAGCUCGCCUGCUUCCUCCCCGGCAUCGGUCGGGUCACGCCGCGAGGAGGACUACCUCGAGCGGUACCGUGUUCAUGUGUCCAGCCUCCCUCCGUCCGCUGCCCCAGGCGGACCCCCGGGCAACGCCGGCUCCUUGUCGGCGGCUGCCCUUUCUCCGUCCGCGGGCGCCCGCUUUGUGGCGGCAGCGGACGUCUCGACUGACAGUGGUCAGUCGGCUGCCUCCGGGUAUCGCGUCUAA